AAGGGUCAAAUGAAAGAAAUGUCUCAAUUUGAGCUAUGUCACUAAACGUCCCUCUGUCCCCAGCUGAUGACAUCAAGCCCUGCCCUCGCUGCGGUGCCUACAUCAUCAAGAUGAACGAUGGGAGCUGCAAUCACAUGACCUGCGCCGUCUGCGGCUGUGAGUUCUGCUGGCUCUGCAUGAAGGAGAUCUCCGACUUGCACUACCUCAGUCCAUCUGGCUGCACGUUCUGGGGGAAGAAGCCUUGGAGCAGGAAGAAGAAGAUUUUGUGGCAGCUGGGGACCCUGAUCGGAGCUCCAGUCGGCAUCACCCUAAUCGCAGGCAUCGCUGUUCCCGCCAUGGUCAUCGGCAUCCCCGUAUACGUCGGCCGCAAG